UUGACUCUUAUUCUGAAGGAGUGUAAAAAUCCGUGUCCUUACUUAUUCUCGCCUGCUUUACAGGGGUGUCAUUCUAAUCCCUUUACAGGAACAUUUUCCUAACUACGUUUCACGUUUUUAGCAAUUUAGGAAUCGCAGCGAGAAGACGCAGUCUGGACUGUUUUUAAUUUCACAGUGAAAAUGGCCUCGGUCCGGUUAAGUCUGCCAACGUUAUUUAAUUUACUCGUAAUCUGCGUCACUUUGCUAUUGAAUAACCGAUGUUGUGUUGUUGCCAAGUGGUAUCACAGACCCAACAUUGUUUUGAUCCUCACCGAUGACCUGGACGUCGCUAUUGGGGGCAUGACCCCACUGAACAAGACCAAGAAGCUGAUUGGUGAUGCAGGGAUCUCCUUCACCAACGCUUUUGUAGCCAGCCCACUGUGCUGUCCCAGCAGAGCCAGCAUCCUAACAGGGAAGUAUCCCCAUAACCACCAUGUGAUCAACAACACUCUGGAAGGGAACUGCAGCAGCCCGGCCUGGCAGAAGACCCAAGAGCCCCAGACCUUCCCUGCUCUACUGCAGGCUUACGCUGGCUACCAGACCUUCUUCGCUGGGAAAUACCUCAACCAGGUAACUACACCUCACCUAACUCUACCACUAACCCUACGCUGGCUACCAGACCUUCUUCGCUGGAAAAUACCUCAACCAGGUAACUACACCUCACCUAACUCUACCACUAACCCUACGCUGGCUACCAGACCUUCUUCGCUGGAAAGUACCUCAACCAGGUAACUACACCUCACCUAACUCUACCACUAACCCUACGCUGGCUACCAGACCUUCUUCGCUGGGAAGUACCUCAACCAGGUAACUACACCUCACCUAACUCUACCACUAACCCUACGCUGGCUACCAGACCUUCUUCGCUGGAAAAUACCUCAACCAGGUAACUACACCUCACCUAACUCUACCACUAACCCUACGCUGGCUACCAGACCUUCUUCGCUGGG